CUUCCAUUUGACGUGCUUUUCUCACCCAACUUCCUCCUCCGCCUCCAGACAAGAGUCGCCUCUGUUCAUCCCACGAACAACGACAACAACAACAUCGCAAUGGCCGGCAACCAAGCUCUCCAAGUCAAUGACUACCGCGUCAGCGGCGAGCCCAACCCUCCCGACAUUGGCAUCACUGUCCGCGGUUCCGACUGGUACUGGGCCGUCUGCGCCAUCAUGACCGUAGCCACCUUCGCCUUUGUCGGCCUCUCCAUCACCAAGCCCCGCCAGGACCGCAUUUUCCACUACAUCACCGCCUCCGUCACCAUGGUCGCCGCCAUCGCCUACUUCUCCAUGGCCGCUCACUUGGGCUGGACCGAAAUCGACGUCGAGUUUGUCCGCAGCGAUCCCCGCGUGGCGGGUCUCACCCGUGAGAUCUUCUACGUCCGCUACAUCGAUUGGUUCAUCACGACUCCUCUGCUCCUCAUCGAUCUGAUGCUCACGGCUGCCAUGCCGUGGCCCACGACCCUCUUCGUUGUUCUUGUCGACGAGGUCAUGAUCAUUACUGGACUUGUUGGCGCGCUUGUCUCGUCGAGCUACAAGUGGGGAUACUUCACUUUCGGCUGUGUCGCGCUCGUCUACAUUGUCUACGUCCUCGUGUGGGAGGCCCGCAAGCACGCCAACGGUGUUUCCUCCGACGCCGGCAAGGCUUUCCUCUACUGCGGUACCCUGACCGCCUUCCUCUGGACGCUCUACCCCAUCGCCUGGGGUGUCGCCGAGGGUGGCAACAUCAUCGCUCCCGACUCCGAGGCCGUCUUUUACGGUAUCCUCGACGUUCUCGCCAAGCCCGUCUUCGGUGCUCUGCUCAUCUGGGGCCACCGCAACAUCUCCCCAGCUCAGCUCGGCCUCACCAUCCGCGACUACAACGGCACCGACGCCGUCAUCCACGAGAAGCGCACCGGUGUCGCUAACGGCAACACUUCCAACGUCACGCACGAGAACGCCGCUGCCAACGACUAUGGCACUUCCGUUUAAGCGACUGCUUGUGAGGGCAUGUUGAUUGAAAGAACGAAGUGGAAGAAGGGAUGAGAAAAGAAGGCAGGCAUACUACUGGGCGCUUUUUCGUGCUUCAAACGAGAUAUCCCUUGCGUUUAUUUUGCGUUUGUCAAAGAUCAUGAGUCACGGCUUUGUAACUUUUUUCUUCUUGUUAUCAUACUACUUAAUUCAUGAUUGAGAAUUAAUC